AUGUCUUUCAAAAUAGCUGGGCCUGCCCUUGGCUAUUCUCAGAUGGAAUUCAAAGACCAUGGCUGUAAUGGACCCGCUGCUGAUAUGCCCGGCCUUCCAGGCGGCUUUCCAUCGGUCCUGAACACUGAGUCCUCGUGGACUGGCCAGGAUUUCAGUCUUGAUUCACACAAAUCCAUUCUCAACCUGUCGGCUGCCGACAUCAAGGAAUUGGAGAAUGCUUUGGAAACAUUCAAGAACUCCGGCCAAGAUGGCGGCAAUGUGACCCGUGACACCUUCAAGUUACCUGUUCUCGGCGACACGCUGCGCCAGGUCUCCCAGGACGUGAAUUCUGGUCGAGGAUUCGCAGUGGUUCGUGGCCUGGACCCUAGGAAAUAUUGUGUUGAGGACUUGACGCUUUUGUACCUGGGUAUCCAGGUCUACAUUGCCAACGAGCAAGGAAGACAAGACAAGAAGGGCAACAUGCUCGUCCACAUUAUAGCCGAUAACUCAACGGCUCAGCAUGCGGAACACCAUCGUCACUCCACUUCCUCUAUUACAUUCCACAAUGAAGAAGCAGGUGAUGUUGUGAGUUGGCUUACCAGAAGCACGGCUAUUGCAGGAGGCAAAUGUAUCAUUGCAUCUGGCCACACGGUAUACAAUGUCCUUGCGAAUACCAGGCCAGACAUCAUCCGCACACUCGCCCGCUCUGACUGGCCAUUCGCGUACCCCCGGUUUCAUUGCCGUCCCAUUCUGUUCAACCACCAAGGCAAAGUAAUCAUCAACUUCGGCCGGGCUCCACUUCUUGGCAGCGCCGCCCAUCCCAGGCCUGAACACCUUCCUGCCCUGUCAGCGCGCCAGGUCGAGGCCUUGGAUGCCGUCGAGGCCAUCGCGCAGGCCACGCAACUCGAAAUCCAGACCCAGGCCGGAGACAUGCACUUCAUCAACAACCUUGUGGUCCUCCACCGCCGGGAAGGCUUUGUUAACGGGGAAGGGUCUCAUGAGAAGCGCCACCUUGUGCGCAUGAUCCUUCGCGACAGCCAGCUGGGCUGGGCCAUCCCAGAUGAGCUCAAGCGCGACUGGUUUGACGCUUUCGAGAAGGACGCGGACCGAGCGUGGCACUUGGAACCUAUGCCGGAAGGCUUCUUUCCACUUCGCAUCAACACGAACUGA